AAUAAUGGCUUCCAACACUGAACGCACCUUCAUUGCCGUCAAGCCUGAUGGAGUCCAGCGGGGAUUAGUAGGAGAAAUCAUCAAGCGCUUUGAACAGAAGGGCUUCCGAUUGGUGGCUAUGAAAUUUAUGCAUGCUUCUGAAGACCUUCUCAAACAGCAUUACAUUGACCUGAAAGAUAGGCCAUUCUACCCAGGUUUGGUUAAAUAUAUGAAUUCUGGACCUGUAGUAGCCAUGGUUUGGGAAGGCCUCAAUGUUGUCAAGACUGGCAGAGUAAUGUUGGGGGAAACUAACCCUGCAGAUUCGAAGCCUGGCACUAUCCGUGGUGACUUCUGCAUUCAAGUGGGCAGGAACAUCAUUCAUGGCAGUGACUCUGUGGAGAGUGCUCAGAAAGAGAUUAACCUGUGGUUCAAGCCUGGAGAACUUGUGAGCUUCAAAUCUUGUGCUCAUGACUGGAUUUAUGAAUAAGACUUUCAAUGAAUUGUGCCUUUUUCUAACAAAGCAUCUCAUUCCACUCAAGUAUUUGACCUGGGACAAUUAUCAGUUAU